AUGUAUGCAGCAUUUUUUCAACCAGAGAGGAAAGCUCAGCUGGGGAAAACUGAGGCAGAGUUGCAGCAGAUUAUCCAAGAGCGACUGCAGAAGCUAAAGGACAUCAAACACUCAGCAGAGCUCAGCAAGAGAGAUGCAAAGAGAGAGAUAGCAGACAGCAUGCAGGUAUUCACUGCUCUGGUUCGAUCCAUUGAGAAAAGCCAGGUUGAGGUCAUUGAUGUGAUUGAGAAGAAGCAGAAAGCAGCUGAGAGAGAUGGAGAAGCUGAAGUCAAACUGAAGAGGAUUCAGCAGUAUGCGGUGGAUGUGACUCUGGACCCUGACACAGCACAUCCCAAUCUCAUCCUGUCUGAGGAUGGGAAACAAGUGAGAUGUGGAGAAACAGUACGGAAUCUACCGGACAAUCCAAAAAGGUUUGAUCGUUUUGCCAUUGUCCUUGGAAAGGAUGGCUUCUCCUCAGGGAGAUUUUACUAUGAGGUGACGGUUAAGGGGAAGACUAAGUGGACUUUAGGAGUGGCCAGAGAGUCCAUAGACAGGAAGAGGAAUAUCUCACUGAGCCCUGAGGAUGGACUCUGGACCGUGUUGCUAAGGGAUGGAAAUGUGUACAAAGCCAGUACCUAUCCCCAUUUCCUCCUGUCCCUGAAAGAGAAGCCCAUGAAGGUGGGGGUGUUUGUGGACUAUGAGGAGGGUCAGGUCUCUUUUUAUGAUGUGGAGGCCAGGUCUCAUAUCUACUCUUUCACUGGCUGCGCCUUUACUGAGAAACUAUAUCCAUUAUUCAGCCCCUGCAAUCAUGCUGGUGGUAAAAACCUAGCCCCUCUCAUCAUCUCUCCUGUCAACCACACAGACUGA